CAGCUCACCCGGCUGCGAGCACCAUGGCGGAGGAGGUGAGGCAGGAGGAAUCGUACCGCGUGGCGCGGUCCCCGACCCCCCGGGCGCGCCCAGGCCCCCAGCAGGGCGCCGAGGCCCCACCGCGCCUCUCCGGCCAGUAGGCGCCCCCAGCCCGGCCGGAGCCCCCGCUCCACCCCCGCGACCCCGGCCCGGGCGAGCCCGGGCUCCCCUUAGGCCCAGCGCGGUGCCGGGGUCAGCCAGUUUCUCGGGUCUCGGGACAGGUGAACACCCUCAUGAAGGCCACGGUCCUGAUGCGGCAGCCCGGGCGGGUGCAGGAGAUCGUGGGCGCCCUCCGCAGGGGCGGGCGAGACCGCUUACAGGUCAUUUCUGAUUUUGACAUGACCUUGAGCAGGUUUGCAUAUAAUGGAAAGCGAUGCCCUUCUUCCUACAAUAUUCUGGAUAACAGCAAGAUCAUCAGUGAGGAGUGCCGGAAAGAGCUGAACAAGCUCCUUCACCACUAUUACCCAAUUGAGAUUGACCCACACCGGACCAUCAAAGAGAAGUUACCUCAUAUGGUGGAAUGGUGGACCAAAGCACAUGAUCUCCUGUGUGAGCAGAAGAUUCAGAAGUCUCAGAUAGCCCAGGUGGUUAGCGAGUCCAAUGCAAUGCUUAGGGACGGAUACAAGGCGUUCUUCAACACCCUCUACCAAAAUAACAUCCCCCUUUUCAUCUUCUCCGCGGGUAUUGGUGAUAUCCUGGAAGAAAUUAUCCGGCAGAUGAAAGUGUUUCAUCCCAACAUCCACAUUGUGUCUAACUACAUGGAUUUUGACGAAGAUGGCUUCCUACAGGGAUUCAAGGGCCAGCUUAUACACACAUACAACAAGAACAGCUCCGUGUGCGAGAACUCCGGUUACUUCCAGCAGCUUCAGGGUAAAACCAACAUCCUCCUGCUGGGAGACUCCAUGGGGGACCUCACCAUGGCCGAUGGGGUUCCUGAUGUGGAGAACAUUCUCAAGAUUGGCUUCCUAAACGAUAAGGUGGAGGAGCGGCGGGACCGCUACAUGGACGCGUAUGACAUUGUGCUGGAGAAGGACGAGACGCUGGACGUGGUCAAUGGACUGCUGCAGCAAAUCCUGCACCAGGGGCGUGUGGAGAUGCAGGGCCUCUGAGUGCGCAGGCGCAGGGCCGGUCUCUGCAGGCCUUGGCGAGGAGGGGGGGCUGUGUGGAGAUGCAGAGCCUCUGAGUGCGCAGGCACAGGGCCGGUCUCUGCAGGCCUGGCGAGGAGGGGCCUGCCCGCUGUGAGCCUGGGGUGUGCCGAGGACAGACAGUCCGAGAAUCCACGGCUGCUGGGUCCUCACCUUCCCUCCUUCUUUCCCUGGCACAUUCUGUUUGAGUUCUCCAAGGCCUGAGGGAGGCCCUGCCAGGUGGGAAGCUGCAAAAGCCAUUCCAGGUGAAUCAGACCUACAGUGCAUUUGCAUUCCAGGGAUCAUUUUGUGCAGGAUUCUACUCAAAAAUGUUUAAAAUGGGAAGCUAUUCUUCAAACAAAUCGAAUGUGUAAAGCAGAUCAAAA